UUUUGGCUCAACGAAAUAUAAAAAAACUUGUGUAUUUGUAGAGCAGAGUCAAAAGAGUGGUAAGAGUCGGUGGUAUGAAUCAAUGGUAAAGGCCUUGUAUGCGCUUCCCCGCCUACCCCUUGUUCCCUCCUUUACAAGAAUAGUCUUGAGCAAAAUGAGCACAAAACCAUCACCAAUAUGUCGGGAAUUCAUUUCUGUGGAAGGAAGUGAUAUUUAUUCAAGAAGUAGACCUGAUGGCAUAAGAUUCCGUUUGGUCUCAUAUAAUAUUUUGGCUCAGGCUUAUGUGAAGAGUUCUCUGUUUCCACACUCUCCAUCUCCCUGUCUCAGGUGGAAAGCUCGUUCGCAGGCAAUUUUAUCUAUUCUCAAGAACCUUGGGGCUGAUUUUCUUUGUCUACAGGAAGUUGAUGAGUAUGAUAGCUUUUACAAAGGAAAUAUGGAGAGUCAUGGAUAUUCUAGUAUUUAUGUCCAGAGAAAUGGGCAGAAGCGUGAUGGAUGUGGAAUUUUUUAUAAGCAAGACAGUGCAGAGUUGGUUUUAGAGGAGAAAAUAGAAUAUAAUGAUCUUGUAAAUUCAAUUCAAGAUGGACAACUUUUAGUUGAUGACAAACAUGACGGUGUGCAUACCAAUGGAAACAAAGGAGCUGAACCAAAAAAUGAUUCAGCAUUAAAAAAAGCCCCAGAGGAUCGUGGAGAUCCUAAUGAUCCCUGUGUGAGACUAAAACGUGAUUGUGUUGGAAUCAUGGCUGCAUUCAAACUCAAAGAUCCUCCACAUCAUGUUGUUAUUGUGGCAAACACGCAUCUUUACUGGGAUCCAGAAUGGGCUGAUGUCAAGCUUGCCCAAGCUAAAUAUCUUCUUUCACGCCUAGCUCAAUUUAAAACUCUGGUUUCCAACAGACUUGAAUGCUCGCCUUCAGUAAUAGUGGCUGGUGACUUUAAUUCAAUCCCAGGGGAUAAGGUUUACCAGUACCUUAUUUCAGGCAACUCUUCAUUGGCACAAGUGGUGGAAUGUUUAGAAGAUCUCCCUAUUCCCUUGUGCAGUGCCUAUGCUUUUACGAAAGGAGAACCACCAUUUACAAACUGCACCCCUGACUUCACAGAUACACUUGAUUAUAUAUUCUUUUCCCCUACGGAUGACAUAAAACCAGUUAGUUUUUUGGAGCUUCCGGAACCCGACUCACCCGACGUUGUUGGUGGAUUACCGAACAAUAGCCACCCAAGUGAUCAUCUACCAAUUGGUGUUGGAUUUGAAAUUACCAGGGAAUAGAUUAUCUUAUGGUGCAUGUGGUAUUUGCAUUCCCCAUCUCUGUGUCUCAAAGAAAGUUAGGGUACAACUGAGACUCCUUGAAAAUUAUAUUAGUGGGUUGACGUGUUUUAUAAGACCUUUUUUUUUUGUUCAUUAUGAGCCUUGAUAAUUUCUUUGCCAUUGGCCUUCUAGACUGCAAUAAGCAAAUGCUAGUGUGUUUUUCCAUGUAAAUUUACAGGGAAGCAUGGAGUAAUUGUUGAUUAAGAAAGAGAUGGAGAACUAAAA